AUGAGCCUUAUAAUAACCCAGGCUGUAGAGUACUUUGCCGAGUGUUGCUUAUGUCCAAAAAAUGAAGCAUUUGUCCGCGUCCAAGCGGGCAUUGAGAGCCCAGCUCAAAUCGGAGACAAGGCUAAAUGGUUUAAUGAAUCGCUAAUGCCUGUGCAUUUUACGAUUUAUCAGGAUGGAUCCUCGCUUUCUUGUGCUUAUUAUGCACAUGCUCAUAGUGACGAGCUAGCUGAUUCUGCUAGUGAUGAAAUUGAAACAAACUCUAUUCACAGCUCCUCUAGCAUAGAUGAUUUGAUAUUUGAUGAUGCAGAAGAGGUUGCGGAUCUUGACAUUGUUGUCAAACCGUUGACUGAAGUUAACGAUGUCUAUAAAGAACCGCUGACUUUGGAGCUCCCUCCUGGCGACGGUGUGGCCUCUACUGGGAGCUCCCUAAGCAGCGGCAGGUCCAGUCCAGCAUCGUCAGUCUCAGCUUCAGCCGUUGAUAGCGAGGCAGAUUUUGCAAAGCUCGCUGAAAACCUUGCUCUAAAAUCGGAUUCAAAGGUACGAAUUUAG